AUGUUGUCAUUUAUAUGCCGCCGCUCCUUCGGACUGACCUCCCUCUAUUGGGGAGCUAAGAUCCGACGUCACAAAGGGUAUCUGCACUCGAUGGGCAUCGUACACCGCGACGUGAAACCGUCGAACAUCCUCGCGAACACGUGCGGCUCAGUGAAGCUAGCGGACUUCGGCACCGCCUUGCCGCUCGCAGAGAAGACCAACGAUGUCAUGGGCACGUUUCGUUACAUGCCACCGGAGAACGCGCCGCGUGAGAAGGGCGACGUUUGGGCGGCGGGGUUGGUAGUGGCAGAGCUCUUCGCGCACGACGUGCCGUUCAAGUCGUGCGGUACUCACGUCGAGAUGGCGCAGCUUCUGGAUGAGAGCGACAACGACACUCUGAUCACACACGUGCUUCCCAAAAGGAGCCCGGUGCCAGAGUCCAUCACACGCUUGGUGAAUUCGCGAACUUAUAGGUCUUGUUGCUAG